AUGGUAGCUUCUAACAUUUGUUACUUGGUCGUCUUAUUAUUAGCAACCUGGUUGAUUGGCGGAGUUGUAGUCUCCAGCCACCAGGUUCCCAUCAAGGAAAAUGCUGCGUGUGAUGGCGAUAUUCUGUCUAUAGGAUACAACUGUUGGAAUUACAUUCAGUAUCCGGGGCCCAAGACUCCACCAUCACAGGGGUGUUGUGGUAUUGUGAGGAAUGCCAACAUGCCCUGUGUGUGUGCAAGUGUUACCGAGCAAGAAGAGUCUCACAUUAGCAUGGAGAAGUUGAUCUAUGUGGCAUAUAUGUGCGGCAACCCAGUUCCCCAUGGUACCAAAUGUGGAAGUUACACCGUCCCAUGA